GUUGUGUGCGCGACUGUCCCUGUGCCCAGGCAAGUAGUUCGCAACAUGGCGGCAGUGGAUAACGAAGAACAGACGUUGUUGCCUGACAUCGAGAAGGAGGCUGAGGGCAUGGAGAGAGAGAUGGAGUCUGAGGUGGACGAAGAAGAAGGAAUGGGAGUUGAACAUUCUGAGGAGGAUGAAGAGGACACGUCUGAUGACGAGCGGGAGAAUGAAGCGGAGAUCCAGCGGUUGGAGGAGCAGCUAUCAAUCAAUGCAUUUGACUAUAACUGCCAUGUGGACCUGAUCAAACUCCUGCGGCAGGAAGGAAAGCUGCACAGACUGCGCAAGGCCAGGCAGAAGAUGAGCGAGCUCUUCCCUCUCACUGAAGAGAUUUGGCUGGACUGGCUGAAGGAUGAAAUUCACCUGACAGAAGACGAGUCAGACCGGGAGAAAGUCUACGAGCUGUUUGAGAGGGCUGUGAAGGAUUAUGGCUGCCCAGAGCUCUGGCUGGAAUAUGUGCAGUACUCCAUCGGGGGGAUGGGAGCCCAGGGAGGCAUUGACCGUGUCCGAUCCAUUUUUGAGAGGGCUCUGAUGGAAGUGGGCUUACACGUGACUAAAGGGUCUUCAAUCUGGGAGGCCUACCGGGAGUUUGAGAUUGCUAUUGUCUCCACAUUGCAGCCUCCUCCAGGAAGUGUUCUAUCACAGGAGCAACAGGAGCUGUUGAAUGCCCAGCUCGAGCGCAUACACACCCUCUUCAGACGGCAGCUAGCUGUACCACUGAUGGAUAUGGAGGGAACAUAUGCAGAGUACUCUGAUUGGGCAGAUGAUGGUGUUCCUGAGACGGUCACACACCAGUACAGACGUGCCCUGCAACUGAUGGAGAAAUGCAAACCUUAUGAGGAGGCGUUGAUGGUCUCUGAACCUCCAAAACUGGCCGAGUAUCAAACCUACAUAGAUUUUGAGAUAAAGGAAGGAGAUCCGGCUCGAGUCCAGAUCAUAUUUGAGCGAGCGCUGGCAGAAAACUGUCUUGUCCCAGACCUAUGGAUCAAAUACACCACAUAUCUGGACCGUCAAUUGAAGAUUAAAGAGCUAGUGCUAUCUGCUUAUGAGAGAGCCGUCAGGAACUGCCCAUGGACCAUGGACCUGUGGAAGAGCUAUCUUUUGGCUCUGGAGAGGCACGGGGCAGAUCAUCAAACAGUAGCAGACGUGUUUGAAAAAGCCCUGAAUGCAGGAUUUAUGCAGGCAACUGAUUAUGUAGAAAUCUGGCAAACUUAUCUGGACUAUCUGAGGAGACGUGUUGAUUUCAGCAAAGAGUGGAGCAGGGAGUUGGACGAGCUUCGGGCAGCUUUCACGCGCUCCCUUGAUUACCUAAAACAGGAUGUGGAAGAGAGGUUCAGUGAAAGUGGAGAUCUAUCCUGCACAAUAAUGCAGAUCUGGGCAAGGAUAGAGGCCUUACAUUGUAAGAACAUGCAGAAGGCCCGUGAACUGUGGGACAGCAUCAUGACAAAAGGGAAUGCUAAAUAUGCCAACAUGUGGCUGGAAUAUUACAACCUGGAAAGAUCAUAUGGAGAUGCUGCUCACUGUAGGAAGGCCCUCCACAGAGCUGUACAGUGUACAUCAGACUACCCUGAGCAUGUUUGUGAUGUCUUGCUCAACUUUGAAAGAGUGGAGGGCUCUCUGGCAGACUGGGAUGCAGCAGUUCAGAAAACAGACACCAAAUUGAACAGAGUGAAUGAACAGAGAGCAAGAGUGGCUGAAAAAGAGUCUCUCGUAGCCAGACAAGAGGAGGAGAAAACUGAGAUGAGGAGAAAAGCCAAGUCAGAUAAAAAAGCCCAAAAGAAAAGCCAGAAAGCAAACAGAACAGGGGAGAAACGAAAAGCUGAAGACGAGUAUGAAGGGGAAUGGGGAGAGGAUGCAGAGCUCCCAUCUAAGAGGCUCAAAGGCGAGGGUGACUUUGGCAGCACGGCUACGGAGGAGCUCAUGGAGACAGAGAGUGGGCUUUUUGGACGUCGAGCACCACCGCCACGUAAAAAUGAGCCACCAGGUUUCCGCAAGCACAAGCAGGGAGCAAAUGAAGCAGCACGUCAACCCCAGGAAAUGUCACAGGAGCAGCGUAAAGAUGAAAAUUGUGUCUUUGUCAGUAACUUGGCCUUUAACCUGGAGGAUCCUGAGGGCAAGCUACGAAAUGUGUUUCAGGGUUGUGGGACUAUCCAACAGGUGCGGCCAGUGUUUGCAGCAAAAGGUGUGUUUAGAGGUUAUUGUUACGUGCAGUUUGAGGACAGGCUUUGUGUACCUGAGGCACUGAAGCUGGACAGACAGGAGGUGGAGGGGCGGCCCAUGUUUGUGUCACCUUGUGUGGACAAGAAUAAAAAUCCAGACUUCAAGGUUUUUAAAUACAAAACGUCAAUCGAGAAGCACAAGAUCUUUAUCUCCGGCCUGCCAUACACCUGCACUAAAGAAAUGUUAGAGGAGCUCUGCAAGGAAUAUGGCACGAUCAAAGCCAUCCGACUACUCACCAACCGUUCAGGCAAACCCAAGGGUUUGGCAUACGUGGAAUAUGAGAAUGAGAGACAGGCAUCACAGGCUGUGCUGAAGAUGGACGGCACCAUGCUGGAGAACUUCACACUCUCUGUUGCCAUUAGCAACCCCCCAAGCAGGAAGAUGGAAGAUAAAGCAGUGCCCAGUCGAGUCCUGGGGGGAGCGAUGCUAAGGCAACCUCAGGGAGUAAGGGGAAAAGGGCGCACACAAAUCUCUCUGCUGCCACGCUCCCUGUACCGGCAGAGUGCUCCAGAUGCCAAAGCGGAGAAUGGGACUGUUUCUGCACCAAACAGCACAGUGACAGAUGGAGUGUGUGAAGGACCUGGAACCACGAGCCUGGAUAGGCAAACCAAGUCCCUGUCCAAUGAGGACUUUGCCAGAAUGCUCCUCAAAAAGUGAAACCAUAUGCAGAAUAACACAUGAAGAAUACCUGCCUUCUGACAGAAAGCCAUGCUGUGUCCUCAUGCUGUUCUGUGAACAAACAGCAUUUUAAUUUAGCCUACUUUUUGUACAUACAGAAUGUGACGUACCCUCAAAACAUAUAAAAAAAAUAUUUUAACACCUCAUCCAUAGAGAUGCAAGAUGUUGUUUUUUUUGUUUGUGAUAAAGGGAUGGGGUUUCUGACAUAUUUCUGAUUUUGUCUGCAAGUAUUUUUUUAACAAGCUGAUAAAUUAUGUGAACCAUUUUUUUAAAGCAGGGGUGCCCAAUACGUCGAUCGCGAUCUACGAGUCGAUCGCAAAGGCAAUGCUGGUAGAUCGCACGAAAUUUAAAUGUGCUUUCGUUACAUUUUUAUUUAAAAAUAAAUAAAUAUAUAUCUUCUUUUAGUUUCUGUCUGACUUGCACUUGACGAGUAAAUUUUGACCAGGCGAGAUUUUAGUUUAUUCAGUUGCCAUGACAACUAGGUUCGGGCCUCCCAAGGCCUUCUGAGAACAGAGCGCGAAAUUGAGAAGCUAGCAGCAGCUACUGUGAUUCCAUUCAGUGCAAAUCAUCAGAAUAAGGUAAAUGCCCUGCCUAUUGUAAUCUAUUGUGCUGUAGGUGUUUUGGGUUUAGUGUUAAAACUGAAUGAUAUCAACAUUGAACAUUAUUACAUAUAUAUAUUUUUUUAUUAAUUACAAGAUUAAUUCCAUGUAGGGAUACAUACAGUAGUCCCAACAAGCAUUUAAAAAAAAAAUGAAACUGUGUUUUCCUUUGAGUUGGCCAUUUAAAAGUAGACCAUCAUGCAAAAAAGUGUGGGCACCCCUGUUUUAAAGGGUAUAUGCAAGAACUUUUAAUAUUAAGGUAUGAUGGAUUAUAAAUAGGUUUCACUUAACAGCUUAAUUUCUCUCUUGACCCUUUUGGGCGGCUGAUAUUUAGGUGUUCACCUGCCUUAAUAAAGGUAAAAACAAAAUGUAUACAAAAAUUUAUUUUCCAUAAUUAUCUGGACUGCAUGUUGUAUAAAUAAUUUAUUUGCUGUUCCUUGGCCAUCAGAAGCAGUCUUGCAUGUGCAGAUUUACAACAAACUUCUGUAAUAGAACAUGAAGACAAAAUGGAGUAAUAGAAGAUCUUGUCAGCAAUUACAAUCCAGCAUCUUGCCAAUAAUACAGUGUGAUCGUGAGAUUAACCUUUUGUUUAUUAGACUGCAGUGCUUUAACUACACGCCAUUCACUGUCCUGUUGUGGAAAUUUGUUGGUUCUAUUUACAGAGCUUAUUGAAUUUUGUCAUGCAUUUUAUGUAUUUUUUCCAAGCACUGCCCUUUGAAUUAAUUGCUGACAGCUUGUAAACCUACCUUACCUUGUUUGCUCAAUAAUGAGCUGAAGGCUGAAGCUUGUGCUCCACAGCCAGACUCAUCAAACACCUAAUACAGACAGUAAAGAAUCAAGAACUUUGAAUUUCGCAGUUUCAAACCACGUUUAUGUAAUAUGCUGAGUAGUACGGCUGUUGCCUUAAAACAGCGUUGGAACUGUUCUUGGAAGUUGAAGAAUCUAUGCAGCUGUAUAUCACUAGAACCUUCCACUACUAGUUCACCUGAAUCUAUGAACCCAUCUAUAAUGUACUGAGCAUACACCAUAUUUCAUAGAUCAUUCAAAAUGUCCUGGAUAUUAGUAGUAUUUACUGGCUUUGAUGGAUAUAAAGGACUUGAUUUCAUCCACAAUUAAACAAUUUGAGAAUAUUUAGUCUUUUAACUUUAAAGUGUCUUGCACUAGAAAUUUCCCUUCUGCAUCUAUUGGUCAAUUGUUGGUUUCUGGUUCGCAUUGCCAUUCUGCAUUGAUAUUUUGUGCGUUUGUUUCUUGUUCAUCCCCCUCGGUGGUUGGCUAUAGUUUUGUAAAGCGUUUGUAUAUUUUGAACUAAAAAAAAUUUUUAAAACUGUAGCUCUAUAUAUUUGCGUUUGAUCACCACAGUGGCCUAAAGUAGUGAUUGAGGAAAUAAAAAUGUGCUGUUCAGCAUAUCAAAAAACUAAAUAGAAAAUAUAAACAUGGUGUGCACUUUGUUUUAUUGAUUUGGUUUACUGGAUUAUAAUUUGACCUGUCCAUAGAUCUGUCAAUUUUAAUUACCAAACCAAUGUCGGUGUCAUUAGGCACUCUUAUAAUAAUUUACUAUUGUAUUUCCUGUGUUGCUCAGAUUACAUGUAGUCAGACUGUUUUACUUUUCCUUUCCAGGCCUAAAUGGUUAAAUUAAGCAAUUAAAUGUAUGUGGUUG